CGCCAGAGGCGUCCGUUGAAACGCAGCUGUCUCGCAGAGCCCUCUGAUUGGCCGAUGCGUCCGCCUUCCCCCACUACCAGCGCCGCAGCCAAUCAACGCGCGAGGUUCUCACGCUGACGUCGUUAAAUAGGCGCCCGGAGUGAAGCAGGCACUCACUUGCACGCUGCAACCGUAAGCAUAGUUUGCUCCGAUAGAAAUUGACGAAAGAUGGCACGUACGAAGCAGACUGCUCGUAAAUCCACCGGAGGCAAGGCCCCACGAAAACAGCUGGCCACCAAGGCAGCUCGCAAGAGCGCGCCUGCUACUGGUGGAGUGAAGAAGCCUCAUCGUUACAGGCCUGGAACGGUAGCUCUUCGUGAGAUCCGUCGUUACCAGAAGAGCACAGAACUUCUAAUCCGCAAGCUGCCCUUCCAGCGUCUCGUUCGUGAGAUCGCUCAGGACUUCAAGACCGACUUGCGUUUCCAGAGCUCUGCUGUAAUGGCCCUUCAGGAAGCCAGUGAGGCCUACCUCGUUGGCUUGUUUGAAGAUACCAACCUUUGUGCCAUUCAUGCCAAACGAGUCACCAUCAUGCCAAAAGAUAUUCAGCUUGCGCGUCGUAUUCGUGGGGAGCGUGCUUAAUUAGAGAAGUUUUUCAAUCGGCCCUUUUCAGGGCCACCAAUCAUCUUACAUCGAUGGAAAUCUCAAAUUCGCUAAUGGCUCCAAUUUAUAUAGUAAAUCGUCCUGUUUAAUGCAUUUCAAGUUUCUUUGAAACUUGAAUAUAUUUACAAGUCUUAAUAUAACAAGUAGGCAAAAUAAUUUCAAUUUUUAUGCUAUAAUUAGUAUAAUUUAAUUAAUUACAGUAUUUGAAAGCAUAAGAUUU